AUGGGUAACAGCUACUCCCUCACUACGCCGUACGCCGGCUCUGCUGGAAUCGAUAUACCAGAGUUAGCCGACUUGGUGCACGAAAGGUCGAUCGGGAGUGCCCGGUUCAUGAAGAGUAUCCGUGCUCGUCAUAAUGAUGGUGUAGUUUUGGCAAAGGUCACAGUGAAGCCCUAUACCCCGCUAUCUCUACGAGAUUAUGGCGACAAGAUACUGCAGGAAAGGGAUAAAUUGAGAGAUGUUCCUAACGCCCUAGGCUUCGAACGUGCCUUUGAAACCGAGGGAAACGCCUACCUUGUGCGACAAUACAUAUACAGCUCCCUUUACGACCGCAUGUCGACGCGACCUUUCCUCGAAGAUAUAGAGAAGAAAUGGCUUGCAUUCCAGUUGCUAUGCGCACUGCGAGACUGCCACAGCCGGGACAUAUACCAUGGCGAUCUGAAGACAGAGAAUAUUAUGGUGACGUCUUGGAACUGGCUUUACCUGACCGAUUUCACUGGCUCUUUUAAGCCUACGAUGCUGCCCGAUGAUAACCCUAUGUUUUACUCUUAUUUUUUCGACCUGUCCGGCCGGCGUACGUGUUAUAUUGCCCCAGAGAGGUUUAUCGAGCAUAUCGAAAACCCCCAGGCGCAACUCCAGGGCCAUAAGCUUACCUGGUCCAUGGACAUAUUUAGCGCUGGCUGUGUAAUCGCUGAGCUUUUUCUCGAGACCCCAAUAUUCAGCCUUAGCCAAAUGUUCAAAUACCGCCGUGGUGAGUACGACCCAGUGAUCUCGCAUCUUAGUAGGAUACCGGAUCAGGGCUUGAGGGAGAUGCUGUCCAGCAUGAUCCAGCUUGACCCCCAAAAACGAUACUCCGCAGAGCAAUACUUGGAUUUCUACAAAGCCAAGGUCUUUCCCGAGUACUUUUACAACUUCCUCCACCAGUAUAUGGAACUUGUCACCGAUCCAAGUUCAGGCAGGGCGCUGGUUUCAGGGCCUGUGAAGAAUCUAGGCGAGGCCGAUGAUCGGAUAGACCGAGUUUUCUACGACUUUGACAAAAUAUCAUAUUUCUUAGGUUAUCGGGACGAUAAAGAGUCGUCCCAGCUUACUCAUUUUACGCCUCGCCUCGGUUUAGGACUUUUUCCCAUACGACUAAACAUACCCAAUAAUGAACAUUUUACGUCUGCAGGAAAGCAACCUCCUACCGACGACGGUACUUUAAUAUUUCUCACUCUUGUCGCAGCUUCCCUCAGAAAUACAGCCCGAGCAGCUUCAAAGAUCAGAGCCUGUGAUAUAUUAUUAGCUUUCUCCGAGAGGCUGUCUGACGAAGCGAAGCUCGAUCGGGUUCUGCCAUAUUUAAUGACAAUGCUGAAUGAUGAUAGUGAUCUAGUUGCUAUCGCAGCUCUUAGAUCUGUCACUCAACUUCUGGCUCUUGUAACGGUGGUCACGCCGGUUAAUGCCCACGUUUUCCCCGAAUACAUUAUGCCCAGGAUGCAGGUAUUUCUGUCAGGUGCCUCUAGACAACCUAUUAUGGGAAAGGAACGCAGGGAGCCAAGCGCCCUAGUUCGAGCUACAUAUGCGUCCUGCCUAGGCAGUCUUGCGACCAAUGCUUCGAAAUUCUUAGAGUUGACAGCCAUCUUGAGAGCAGAAGGAUCGAUCAGUACAGCUGAUCCAGAAGUCGAAGCUGGCAGCGACCCCGAUGCUGCAUUCGAUGGACUUUUUGAUAACGCGCAAAGCGAGCUUGUUGAACUAUUCGAGACUCAUGCCAAAGCUCUAGUCGAAGACUCGGACGCCUCUGUGCGUCGGGCGUUUCUCAGUUCCGUCCCAGAACUAUGCAUGUUUUUCGGCAGUGCGGAGUCUAAUGAUAUUAUCCUCACUCAUCUUAAUACGUAUCUCAACGACCGAGACUGGAUGCUAAAAUGUGCAUUCUUCGAUACGAUCGUAGGCAUUGCUGCUUUCCUAGGUAGCACUAGCCUGGAAGAAUUUAGCCUUCCUCUGAUGAUACAGGCUGUGACCGAUCCGGAAGAGCAUGUGGUACAGGCCGCAUUACACUCUUUGGCUGAGCUUGCAAGUUUGGGUCUAUUAUCAAAAGCAAAAACUUGGGAGCUUAUAGAUGUGGUUGGUCGCUUCACAAUGCAUCCGAAUCUGUGGAUCCGAGAAUCUGCUGCAGAAUACAUUUCUAGUGCUGCAAAGUUGCUGUCUCCCGCUGAUAUUAGAUGCAUCGUUUUACCUCUUGUUAGGCCAUUCCUAAAGCCAGCAAUAAUUCCCGACUUUUCUGAGCUUGAAUUGUUAGACGCUUUGAAGAAACCCCUAUCGAGAACGGUCUUCGACUUGGCAUUAUCCUGGGCACAGAAAACUGAUAAAGGGCUGUUUUGGAAAGCUGUCAAACAACAGAAGCAGUCUACAUUUACUAUUGCGUCUACGGCAUUAGCAAUCCGUUCGUCUCGGGAGGUACAGCCGCAAACACUUAAUAAAGUCCAACGGAAUGACGAAGAUGAACAAUGGCUUACCAGACUACGGAACAUGGGGAUGGCAUCCGAAGAUGAAUUCAAGCUGCUUGUUCUUAGAGAAUUUAUCUGGCGCUUGAGUCAAAUGAGGAACCGCGACUUGCUCGCACAAGAUAACAUCACCACAUCCUUGAACAGUAUUAUUCCUUUACGAAGUCUCAAUGUCAAAUUGCAGACGAUCAUGUUCGACGAAGCUCCUGCCGAAGAUGAGCUCGCAUGGCAGCGACAGCGAAUUUUAGCUUCGGAUAAAGGUCCUUAUACUAUUGCUGAUGCGCUGUUAGAUGCGUCAAUGACAAUAGAUGAGCCCGUCGGGAAGCGGCGUCGUGCUGCCAUGAAUAAUCAUCGCUCGCAUCUGAGUAGUCGUGGAGGAGCAAUAUCACCAAGGACGAAAGAUGGCCGAGCGUUAUCGCCAAUGGAGUCUCGGGCGUCUUCUCCAGUUAACGGCACAGGUUUUAACGAGUCGCGUCGUGCUUCCUCUACAACACGUGGACCGACUUCUCAGGAUGAUGAUGCCUCUAUCUCUGAUUCUCCAUACUCCACCAGGAGAGCCAUUCGGCACCAGUCAAGUGCUCUGGACCUUUUAAAUCGAAAAGAUAGUGGUAGAUCUAUCGCAGAGACGGGGACGACUGAAGCGAAUGCGUUUGGUCAAGUCGAGGGCCCAUUCGCACAGAAUCCGCCACCGCAAAUAAUAAUUCCUAGUGCCGUCACAGAGAAUGGGAUGCCAGGAGGUCGACCGCGUGCUUCGCAUACAUAUGAGGGCAAUGACCCUAAUAUACUAAAAAUGCUCGAUAACAUGUAUAUCGAUAACUACCCACACGAUAUAGCCCAAUUUGGACCACUCGUUUCUCCAAUAACAAGGAGAAAAGUAAGUAAAGCGGCGGGACAAAGCGGCGAGGAGGCGUGGAAGCCGAGUGGUAGUCUUGUCGCUACCUUCUCGGAACAUACGGGGGCGAUCAACCGUGUUCUUCCAUCGCCAGACCAUCUCUUUUUCAUUACAGGUAGUGAUGAUGGCUGUGUGAAGGUGUGGGACUCCUCUAGGCUGGAGCGCAAUGUCACACAUCGUUCACGCCAGACGCAUAAGCACGCCUCGGGCGCGAAGGUCAUCUCCCUCUGUUUCAUUGAGAACACGCAUACGUUCGUUAGUUGCGCUAGUGAUGGCAGCGUUCAUAUAGUAAAGGUCGACACGGCAAUCACCACCGGAGCUACUAAGUAUAUCCGAUUGCGGUUACUUCGUGAGUACCAGCUUCCAGCAGAUGAGUAUGCUGUUUGGUGUGAGCACUUCAAGCAGGAGCUGAAUUCCGUGCUGGUACUUGCAACCAACCGGUCUCGAGUCUUAGGUAUUGACCUUCGUACAAUGACGCUUUUAUACGUUCUCGAAAAUCCGGUACACCACGGUACUCCCACUUGUUUCUGUGUUGAUCGGAAGCGUAACUGGCUCCUACUUGGCACGUCGCACGGGGUUUUGGACUUGUGGGACUUACGAUUCAAGAUGAGGCUGAAGGGUUGGGGAGUACCAGGCAAAUCAGCUAUCCACCGCCUUUGUCUUCAUCCGACCAAAGGCCGCGGGAAGUGGGUAUGCGUAGCAGGCGGUACUAGCCUUGGCGAGGUUACCGUCUGGGAUCUGGAGAAGAUACAAUGCAGGGAAAUUUAUCGGGCGGGCGCAUCUAAAGAUGGACCUAAAGGAUACAAACCAUGGGACGUUGACGAAGACAAACCCGAAGGCAUGCUCGACCGUUUCGCAACAAAUAUCGAGCCAACCGCCAACGGCAGUGGAGAUCGUGGCGUCCGAGCCAUGGUUGCUGGUUCGGGUGCUAUGGAAGACCAGCGCGAAGUACGGUACGGAUAUAUCCUGACAGGCGGAUCGGACAAGAAAUUACGUUUUUGGGACCUAAUGCGAGUCGAGAAUUCAUGCGUGUUCAGCGGACUCCAUGGCGAAGAUGCCAGACCGAUUUUCAGCACGGUCAACACACCAAACCAGCCUGGGCUUACUCUUAACGUGGAAAGGCUACCAAAGGGAGGUAAUGCGAUGGGUGCAGAUCAGAAAGGUGGUAAGAGUAGCAAGGCUACGAGCAGCAGAGAAAAGCCACCCAGACACGCGGUCAUAUCGGCCGAGCAGGGACAGCUACUCAGAAGUCAUUUAGAUUCGAUCCUAGACGUGGCGGUAUUGGAAAUGCCUUACACGAUGACUGUUAGCGUAGAUAGGUCAGGGGUCAUCUUUGUGUUCCAGUAA